AUGUCGGGAUUGUCAAGUUUGUCAGGAGCGCCACCCCCAGGAGUGCGGCGCUCCGUUCCAGACUCUGGAGGUGCGAAGUCCCCUUUCGAUGAUAACAAUGACGAACCGAAGGCUGGCAAGUCCACCUUCAAGGACCCAUUUUCCGAUGACCCACCGCUCAGCACUCGAGGAGGACGGGCUGGCCCCAGCACCAGCUCUGCUAUAAAACCAUCCGCCAGCAACCCCGCUUUCAAGUGGGAGGACGACGACUCUCCGCCACGCGGCAAGUCCAGCACAGCAGGGAAAGCCCUGUUUGGCGACGACGACGACGACUUCCUGUCCUCCCUAGCCCCGGAUUCCGUAGCCAAAAAGGCGGAUGACCCGCUCUCGCGCUCGACUGCAACUGGCGUGCGCUCAUCAAUGACAAAGCCCGCAGGCAAGUCACCCGAUGACAUCUGGGGCAUAAUGAAGGCGAAGGAGGAGCCGCCCCCUUUUCCAGCGGACCUCGGACUGGACCUGUUUGGGGCUACCGCCAGCAAGCCGGCAAGCGGUCCCCGCGCCGGGCGGCGUGCGGGCGCGAGUGUGCAGCAGUCCAUGACUGACCUGCCCCCGGAGAUUUCCAGGGAGCCCACGCCGGAGCCAUUGCGGCCGGCGAUGUCGCCGGAGCCAAGCAGCACCGUACGCCCGGGCGCCGAGCCGAGCGGUGGGUUUGAUCGGAGCCGCAGCACCCCACGAGGAUCUUACCUCGGCGAGGAGCUCAGCGAUGUGCCAACACGCAGUGCAGGUUCAGCCCCUGGGUCGACCCGAUCGCGUGGGAAUGAGACCGGCAUGGGGGCUGAGGCAUCCAGCACCUCACCCCCCAGCCGUGCCACACGACCUAGCGGUGGUGGCGGCGCUGUGGGUGGCGCGAUGGAGCUGGACGGAGAUGAAUUGCCUGGCCUAGGGUCGCCCGCCAUGUUAAGCAAAAAUCCCAGCACCGCCUCAGUGCACGCGGCGGCAGCUGCGGCGCCGGCUGGAGGCCGUCGGACUGGCCCGGCUACCGCAGCGGCAAAGCCGCGAAAGGAAGAAGAUAGCUGGGAGAUGGACGACAACCUGCUGCCAGACGACAGCAACACUCCGCCGCCCGCUGCGCUGCCACCAAAGUCGCCCACGAUGGGUGGCAGCUCGGGCUACACGCCCAGCGCGGCGGAGGCGCCUGGGAGGUCGCGGCUGCAGAAUACCACGUUUUUGGGCCAGAAGAAAGAGGAGGAGCCGAUGGCCAGCGACGAGCCUCCAGAAACCGGCGGCUACACGCCAUCUUUUGGAGGUGUGAGACGCUCGCUCGGAGGCCCCGGGCUUGGUGGCGGGGGCCUGGGCUCCAGUGUAGACGUGAGCGCUGGUGGUGGCGGGCUCAUGGGCUCAGCACUGAAUCCAGGAGGCCCCGGUGCCCCGCGUCCUCGGCGGCAGCUGGGCGCGGGCGCGGACACCUCUCCAUUGGCUUCACUGUCCGGCGGCGGAUUGGCCGGCGGCGGCGCCAAGCCAGGCACUCCGCCAGCGAAGAAGACCAAAGAGGAUGAGGAGCGUGAGCGUACUCAGAAGGCUAUGGCGGAGGCCAUGGCUCGCCGCCAGCAGCUACUUGCGUCAGGUCCCAUCCGCAUGCCGGGGCAGGACCGACCAGCCCCCGUCAGCCCCACAGGCUUUGGCUCCACCGCGGCCACAGAUUCCGGGGUGGUUACUACGCCGCUCAGCCCCUCCCCCAUACGGGCUGUACCAGAAGGAAAGCCUGGCAUGGGCGGCUUCGGCAAGAAGGUGCCUGGCUUGGGGUUCUCAUCGGACUCGUCAGAUGAUGAAUUGCUGCAACCCGACAAGGCCACCUCUCCGCCGCUCCACAUGAUGGCCGGCCGCAAGGCUGGCUCCGCCGGUCACCAGCCGUCGCGCGCCACCACGGCCGGACCCCUCACCCGUGAGACCUUCGACAGCCGCGUCGCCAGCAGCGUGCCCGAGAUGGGUGCCGCCGCGGCGGCGGCGGCGUUGGGCGCCGUGCCCGGUCCCGGUCCCGGGAGUAUCCUGCAGUCAAGUGCGCCCGCACCGCCGCUCCUACCAGAGGCUUCCUACCCGCACAGCGUCGGCUCUCAGCCCAGUGCGCCCAAUGUAGGGCCCGUCCCAUCGCAGACGCCAUCGCAGCUACCCCAGCCCGAGCGGUCCGGCACGUCCUCGGCCUCCCAGCCGUCGGCUGCUGGCGCCGCUGGCUUGCUGCCAGGCGUCGCGGCGGUGUCGCCGCAGGCAUCGCAGAUGCAGGGCCUAUCGCCGCCUCCGCCCGUGCAGCAACAGGCCAACCCACCGCCAGGAGUGACCGCUGUACAGCAGCAGCAGCAGCCAGGCUCGCCAACGGGUGUUGCGCCUGUGGCCUCGCAGGGAAAUUUUCCGCCGGGCAUGGGUCCCCCGUAUCAACAGCAGCAACCGGGUCUUCCGCCCGGUGUUACUGUGAUGCAGCCACAGCAGCAGCAACCGAGCUUGCCACCAGGGGUGACUCAGAUGCAGAUCUCGCAACCACAGCAUCCGGGCUUGCCGCCGGGGGUAACACAAAUGCAGCAGCAGCCAGGCUUGCCGCCCAGCGUUACUGUGAUACAUCCGCAGCAACAGCAACAGCAGCCAGGCUUGCCGCCCGGCGUUACUGCAUUGCAACCGCAGCAACAGCAGCAGCAGCCGGGUCUACCACCUGGGGUCACUGCAUUGCAACCGCAGCAGCAGCAGCAGCGCGGUCUUCCGCCGGGCGUAGCUGAUUGGCAGCAGCAGCAACAACAACAAAACUUGCCUCCCGGCGUCAUGUCUAUGCAACAAAACUACCAGCGCAGUCUGCCUCCUGGGGUCACAGAUCUCCAGCAGCAGCAGCAGCAGAGCAACGUGGCCCCCGGGGUCAUGCCCAUUCAGCAGCGUAACGUGGCGCCCGGUGGACGCUAUGGCUCUCCGCAACAUGUUCAGCAGGGCGGCGGAAUGUCAACAGCGUUUGCCGUGUCGCCCGACUCGGUCGCCGCGGUCACCAUCAGCCGCGCAAUGUCGGCCCAGCAGCAGGCCCAGCAGCCUCAGCCGCAUAACGUGAGCGCCUUAGCCGUCCCCAGCUCCGCCUCCCAGUCGCCGGGGGAGCCAACGCUAGCGUCACGCCUUUCCCUAGAGCCCCUCAAGGACGCGCUGACCAAGAGCCUGCAGGACGAGCUGGAAAAGGUCAGCAAGCAGGUGGCCGAGGUCAAAGCCAGCUACGAUAAACAGCUCGCAGACGUGCGCGCCGAGUAUGAGCGACAGCUAGCGGAGGCGCGCACGGUGCACCAGAAGCAGCUGCUGGACGUGCGUGCGCUGGCUGAACGGCAGGUUGAGGAGGCGCGCGCCCACCACCGUAAGCAGAUGGAGGACGUGCACGUGCACAACGAGCGCAAGCUGGAUGAGGUCCGGCGGCGCAUGGAGCGGCAGGCGGAGGAGGCGCGCGCGGCGCAGGAGCGCGUGCUGGUGGAGGCGCGCGCUCAACGAGAUAAGGUGUUGGAGGACGCGCGGUUGGCGCAGACCAAGGCGCUUGAAGACGCGCGCGGGCAGCAGCAGCGGGCUCUGGAGGAUACGCGGGCGCUACACGAGCGCGUAUUGGCGGACACGCAGGCUGUACACGUGAAGCAGGUAGUGGAGCUUAAGAACUUGUACGAGUCGGAGCUGCGCCGGGCCGCACACGAUGUCGGCCGGGCUGUGGAUGACACACGGCGAGUCGCGGAAGAGGCGCGGCGCCAGGAAGCAGAGGCCCGCCGUGCAAAGGAGGAGGCGGUGGCCCUGCGCGACCGCAUCCUGGGCCUGGAGGCGGAGCUUCGGGCUCGGGACGGGGCGCUGCGCGAGGCAGAGACACGCUUCGUGCAGCUGGACACGCGCAGCAAGACGGAAUUGGCGGAGACACAGGCAAACGCCAUCAAAGAGGCGGCGCUGAUGAAGCUAGAGAUGGAAGAUGCCAAGGCGGCGCUGAGCCGUGUACGGCAGCAGUACGAGGAGGCAGCCAUGGCGCACGCGGCGGAGGUCACGAGGUAUCGGGCGGAGCUGGACGCACAGCGCGUCAUGGCAGAGGAGGAGCUACAGCGCGCGCGGCUUGCGACAGCGGAGCAGAUCGCGGCUGCGGAGGCGCGCGGGAGGCGCGCGGGCAUGCUGGACAAGGAGAUUGCGGAGGCGACCAUCCGGCAACAGAUGGCGGCUAUUGCGGAGGAGAAGGAGGUGGUGGCGCGGCACCGCCUGAGCGCGGAGCUGCUGGCGCAGCUGACAGAAAAGGUUCGCUCCGUGGCGGUGAGCUCCCUGGAGCGCGAGGAGCGUGCACUGUCCGCCCUGGAGCGCGACGUGGCGGACCGCGAAGGCCGACUGGCGGCGCGGGAGAAGCUGCUGGGCGAGCGCGAGGGCCGCGUAGCUCAGCGGGAGCGGGAAGUGGACGCGCUACGGGCGGAUCUGCAGAAUCUGAUGGUAACGCUGGAGACUAGCGCUGUGCACGACCGUGAAGACCUCAAGCGCGAGCAGCUGCGCCUCACACGGGAGGCAGCUCGUGUGGAGGCGGCCACGUCGUCCCUACAGGCGGAGCGCGAGGACCUGCGGGUGCAGAUCGCGAUGGAGCGGCGGCUGCUGGAGGAGGCGCGUGAGGCACGGCGGCGGGAGAGGGAGGAUCUGCUGACCGAGGUGACAGCGGAGCGGCGGCGCCUGGCGACCGAGUACGCGGAUACGCAGCGCCAGUUGGAUGCGGCACGCACGGAGCUGCUGGCCGUGCGCAGCAGACUUGUCGACCUCGAAAGCCGCUGCAGCGGCGCCGCUGCACAGGUGGCCGAGGAGGAGAAGCGGCUGGAGGCGCUGCGCAUAGAGGCGUCCCAGACGCGUCAGGGGUUGGAGGCGGAGACGUCUCAGAUCCGCAAGGCACUGGAAGCAGAGGUAACACAGACCCGACAGGCGCUUCAGGCAGAAGCGAAGCAGACACGAGAAUUGCUCCAAGACGAAGUGGCGCAGGCGCGUGAGUCUGUGUUUGCCGAGGUGAAGCAGACACGGGAGUCGCUCAAGGCGGAGGUGGCGCGCACGCGGGCGGAGCUGCAGGCGGAGGCCAACGAGACAGGGGAGGCACUGCGUGGGGAGAAAGAGGUCGUCAUGUUGAAGAGAGCCAAUGUGGACAUCGAGGCUCGGGAGCUGGUGGAGUAUGCCGCCAAGCUGCGGGCCCAGUCUGAGGAGCUGGCCGCUCGGGCUGCGGAAGCGGAGUUGCGCGACACCCAGAUCAAGACCACCCUGGAGUCCCUCACUCGCAACCAGGAAGAGCUGCUGGCCGCACAGAAGCAGGUGGAGGAGCAGCGGGUGGCGCAGGAGGCCUUGAAGAAGGCUCUGGACAAGGACCGCAAGGCCCUGAUGGAGGAGCGCCAGGGGCUGGCGGAGGAGCGCCUGGCGGCCUCUCGGUCCGCAGACGAGGCGCGCACGGAGCAGAUCCGACUGAUGGAGGCGGUCCGGACCUACGUGCAGCAGGGCAUACCCAUACCCUUUGCGAUGGACGGCACCAGCGGGCGGCUUAAGCCCGUGCCGCCCCCUAUGCGCCACUCCUCACCCUCGCCGGAUCGUCACCGCAGCGGCAAGCGCCGUGGGCCCCGCCCCACCGGCCGCAGCCGCAACGCCCUCAAGUACCUACUGGACCGGCUCGGCAUGGAUGCCGCCAUCACCGCCGCGGAGUCGCCUCCCGGGCAUCUCGGCGGAGCUGGCGGGGCCAGCGGUAGCAGCUAUGUGCGCGCGCAGCACGAGUUUUUGGAGAAGAUGCGGCUGUCGGCGACAACGGGCCCGGCGUCCGUGGGCCCCAAGCUCAACUCCAUGACGCCAACCGCCGCGGCGCGCGCCACCACCGUUACUUCGCCAAUACCUGCGGGUCUCAACCCCGCGUUGCUGCCACCCGGCCUCCCCGCCGCGCACGCGCGCAGCGUUGUUGUCACGCCCGUCAAGCACGUCAGUACUGUGCCGGUGGGUGUCGACGACGGUGGCGGCAUCUUGACGGCGAGGGGCCAGCUGGAGAGCGAGAUGCCAGCGUCGGCGGCACCGCUGCCGUCCUUAUCCGUCGGCUUGGCGGACAGUCCCGGCCUGGCCGCCGCGGCGGUUGAUCACGACACCCUGUCACAGCUCCUCUUCCGCCACGGCGUCGGCGCAGCGGAUGAACAGGCGUUUGGCGGCGGCGGGGGUACUGCCGUCAUUCAACAGCUUCUGGACACGAUACAGAUGGCGCUGAAAAAGUCAAGUCGCGUGAGUGCCUCCAAGGCUUCUGACGCAAGCGCACUAGAAACCGCAGGCCACGCGCACCGGACUUUAUCGGCAGCGGUGGUGCAGCCGGAAUCCCGCAGCCGCGGCGGCGCAGCUAAUGUAUCCCGCGCUGUUAAUUCGCAACGGCGGCAUGGGGGUGGAAGCCGCCAUGGCAACGCGGCGGCCGGUGGGGAGGGCGCCGCAGGUGAUGGCAGCGGCGCCGCGACGUUGCCGCGUGUGCUCCUCAACACACCGGGCAUGGGAGCGUCAUUGGGGUUGGAGUCGGAGGUGCCGUUGCGCGACCCGAUGCAGCCGGAAGGCCAGGUGUCGUCCAUCGCCUCCCUGGAGCCCCUCAGCGCCUCCAACGGCUCCUUCGCCGACGUCCCGCCCCCCCGUGUGGAGGUCGACUCGCCUGACCUGUCCGGGCCCUUGGGCCGCGGCUUGGACCUGCUGGCGGAACAGCUUAGCAGCUCCACCGUCUUUGACUCCGCCGCUGCCGCCACUCCGGCCAACACGCUCAUGAGCCGUACCGCCGUAGGCGCCAGCCUCGGCAGCGAGGACUACGCUUUUGGCCUGUUGGGCCAUGGCCGCAACGCCACGGCGGCUGCGCGGCAGGCUCAACUGGGCGAGCUGGCAGCUAUGAGCGAAAUGCUGGCGGCGCGGCUGGACGCGCUGGGGCUGGGACAGAUGGGCGGAGGGGGAAUGACAGAUUCGCAAGGCAGCGGCGGCUUUCGGGGUGUGAGAGGAGGUGGCGUAGAGGGCACCAGCCUGAUGAACUCCGCCAAUUUGAGCCCGCGGGUGGAUAUGCCUGGCGGAGGCGGCAUGACGUUGCGGCAGGGUACGGCGGCGCGGCUGUCACCAUUGGCAGUAGCAUCGCCCACCACGAGGACGAUGCAGUGGGCUGGCGCGGCUGAGGGUUUGGCGCGUUCGCUGACGGGCGCUGGCCUCGGCGGCGCGGCCGCUGCAGGAUCGAUGGCGACAACACCGCGGCCGGGACUGGGCAUUGUCGGUGGUGGGCUGGGUUCCACGACUCGCAGUGCGGCGGACACCCCGCUGCUGGGAUCAACCAAUGCGGAUGCACUGGCCGGCUUGACGAUGCCACCGCAGGACGAUUUCGACAUGAAUGAGGAGGAUGCGGAUGGUGAGGCGGCGCGAGAGGCUGGCGGUGGCGGCGGUGGUGAGGGCACCCUGUCGACCAUUGCCUCCGUUGACACCAUCAGCGACGAUGAUGAGGCCGUUACGAGCAUGCUGCCCUAA